GUGGUUGCGGGCGAGGCCAGGCAGUUGUCUGGCUGCUAACGUCAAGAAAGGGCCGUCUCCCUCACCCGCUUCCUCUCAUGCACUCAUGAUUCCAUGUUUCCGGCCCCUACCAUGUCUUCGAACCAUAGAUAGCAGUAACAGAGUUUAAGAAUGUGGAAAGGCUGGGCCGAGGGAGACCAAGGGGGGUCCCCUCCGGAUCCCCCUGAAGAGCAAAGUGACACAGACCAUGAAAAUGUUGAAUUUGUCAAGCAAGAGUUGGGGGAUCUGAAGGAACAAUUUGACCAACAGCAAGCAUUAAUUGGACAACUCAAAGACAUGAUUAAGAAGAAAGAGUCAGCUGUGGACUCCCAGGGAAAUGAAGUCGAGGAUUAUGCUGCUAGAUUGGCCAAGAUAAAACCACGCUUAGGAAGAAUUGGUGCCAAGAGAAAGUCGGUGCUUCCAGAAAGAGUAGAGCCACUGGGGUCUUCAGAGGACACACUAUCGGGAAAUGAACCCACCGUAAUCAGUGGUGGAGUUAGAGUUCGUGAUGCUGUUGAGGAGAAGUUGGUAGAGGAGAAGAAGUUACCCUCAUCUGAAAGUGGCAGUAGGGCCAAAAUAUUACUACUAAGAAAGCAGCUGGAAGAAAAUCGACACAAAUUUGAACAUCAGCAGAAGGAAAAUGCUGAGAAGCGUGCGUCAAUGGAAGACAUGAAAUCAAGAAUCGAACGACUACGAGCCGAAGUUGAAGAGCGAGAUACUUUAAUUCAUUCAUUGCAGGAGGAUAGAGGAGCUGCAUUUAAGGACUCAAUAACUCAAAAACUUUAUCAACAAAUAAUUUACAAAGACAAUACAAUUUUAGAAUUGACUCAAAAAAAUAAUCAGUUAGAAGAAAUUAUUCAAGAGCAACGAGAAACUUUAAGUGAGAAAGAUAAAGUGAUAGAGGCACGGACUGAAGCAGUUUCUCUUGUUGCAAAGGCUCAAGAUGAAAAGAGCAUCAAAACCUUAGAAGAGUUAGAUGAAGUUAGAUAUCAAAUGAAAAAAAUGCAGGAAGAUUUUAUUGCGAAAGAACAGGAAUUUUUGUCCGAGAAAGAUUCGUUGACCAAAGAACUAAAAGAAAAGGCUAAAAAGGUUACACAACUAGAAGACAAUGGUCGUCGCCUUGAAAAUCUUCGUUUUGAGCUUAGUACUCGUAAUGCUGAACUGCAAGAGAAAAUUGUGACACUGCAAGCCGACACUAAAACAUUAAGAAACCAAUCCGAAUUGGAUAGAAAAGAAGCUGAAGAAAGAGAUUCUCUUUUACAGGAACUCAAACAAAAACUUGUUAAAGCUGAGGCUCAUGGCCAAAAAAAAUUAAAGGCACUUGAAAAACAAUUUAGAAGUAUAAAAGAUGAUGGUAAUGCAGGAGAACAAAUUUUGCUGUUACAAAAUUCUAUUGCAGAAUUGGAAGAGGAGAAAGGAAACUUGCAACUAAAGUUAGUUGACUUUGAUGACCUGAAACUUGCCAAUGAAAAAUUGACACUUUGUAGAAAUAAAAUGGAGGAUCAAAUAAAACAGCUUAAUAAUGAUUUAGAUUCUCAGUUAAGUGCCAUUACCCUUCUUGAAACUGAGAAAAUCAAACUGGUUGAGGGCACCAAUGAACGUGAAAACCGAAUAUUUGAUCUGGAAUCUGAGUUAACUAGCCUGAAAGCAAGACUCGCAGAAAUCACUCAAGCAAAAGUCACAGUCGAGCUAAGGCUUUGUGAGGUAGAAGAGCAGAGAGAUGUUGCAGAGAAGGCAAGACAGGAGCUGGAAAAUCAGCUGUUUGAAUCUAAGCAAGUGCCUGUCGAGCAACUAAUGGCAGAGAAAGGAAGUUUGGAGGAGUCUCUACAGAGCAUCAUGAAGGAAAAGGAUGAAUUGGAAACAAAAUACCUCAGUCAGCUCACUGCUGUACAGGAAUGUGAAGAAAAAACUAAAGCAGCUGUACAAGAAAAAGAAACCAAAGUUAAAGAAUGUAAACGUCUUAUGAACAUCCUGACUGAUAAAGAAAACACAAUUACCACCCUGUCCAUAAAGAUUGAUAAACAUGAUGCUACUGUGGCAGAUGUUAAGAACCAGUUGGUGGUGGCUACUGAAACACUGGAGAGAAAGAGAUUUGAAUUGGAGGAAAUGAGUCAAAAAUUCCAGCAAGAAGUUCAAAAGGUCAGUGAAGUUCUCAAAACUAAAGAAGAUUUGGAAGAUAAGCUGUCAAAUUUGUCAUCAAAAUUACAGUCACAAGAAGCAGAAGUAGCAGAACUUAAAGAAAUGGUUGAAUGUUUAAAUAGAACCAUUAAUGAAAAGAAUAUAACCAUUCAGAAUCUUGUUGGUGAAGUUUCCCAUUUACAGGACCAAGUGAAGCAUAAAGAUAAGUCAGUAAGUGAUCAUAUUAACAUGCUUGAACAGAUGGAAUCUCAAAUCAAUGCUCGAGACCAAAAGAUUGAAGAGUUUCAUGCGUCAUUGUUAAAGAAAGAUGAACAGCUGCUCUCAACAAAUGAUGUAGUUGAUAAACUGGAAAAAGAAGUCAGGAACAUUACCCAGCAAUUAGAAACGACAAAAGAAUCAUACGAAACUGAAUUAAAUAUAGUAUUAGAUAUGCUGAAUGGAUCAAAGAAUCAAGUGGAAGCCUCUAGUAUGGAAAUCCAGGUCAAAGUGCAGGAAAUACAGAAUAACCAGAUAGUUAUUUCAAAAUACGAGAAGGAAAUCUGUGAUAAAAAUAGAAUGUUAGACGAAUUACAAGUUAAUAUUAAGAGUUUAGAAGAAAAAGUUUCUUACCUUGAUUCAUCUCUCGCUGAGAAGGAAAUCUCUCUUUCCCAUCUUCAGGUGGAGAUGGAAGAAACAUCAUCAUAUAUAGAAAACCUUGUUUCACAAAAGUCUGCAUUAGAACAAAAACUGUAUCAGUUACAAAAUGAGAAUUUGACACUGACUAAAACUAAAUCCAGCUUAGAGGAGGAGAUGAGUGAGGUCAGAUCAUUACUGCACCAAAAAGAUGAAAGUAUUUCUCAUUUCAAUUUAGAGGCUACUUCCAAGUCUAAUCAGCAAAAUCAUGAUAUUGAAAUUCUUAAGCAGACGGUAGUAGAGAAGGAGGAGCGAAUUUGUGUAUUAGAAACAUCUGUUGGAAGCCUUGCAAGUGAAGUAGAGCAUAAGGCUUCAGAAAUAGAGAAGUGGCAAGCUGAAGCCCUAGAAAAAAGUCAAUACCUGACUGAAAUUACUCAUGAGUUGGAGAAUGUUCAGUUACAAGUUGAGAAGGCAAAUUCUGUCAUAAGUGACUUGAAAUCCCAACUAACCCAGAAUCAAGAGCUGCUUGUUUUUACUCAAGAACAAUUAUCUCAUUCUCAACAUCAGUUUAUUGACAGUCAAGAGCAGUUGACACAGAAGGAGAUUGAACUCAAACAAACUCUAGGUCAGUUAAGCGAGACACAGAUGCUGUUGACCCAAACACAAGGGCAGUUGGACAAAACCAAAGAAGAUCUUAGCAUAGCCCAAAGCCACUUAGAAGAAACUCAAUCUCAUUGUGAAGAAGCUACCAUAAUGGUAUCUCAACUAAAAGAGCAGAUAAAGUUGAAAGAAAUUAAACUUGAAACCAUAGAAAAGCAAGCACUUAGCCAGCAAGAAAGUAACACUAAGGAAAUGGAAACAGUCAGAAUAGAGCUCCAACACUUGAAGUCAGACGUUGCCAAGCUGGAAAUCGAUCUACAGGCUAGUAGAGAAUAUGCGGAGAACUUGGAAAUAGGUUCAUCAAAAAUACAAGAAUGGGCUACUCAGCUGGAAGGUGAGUUAGAAACUGCAAUUGCAAACCAGAAUUCUGCACAUAAGGAUCUCAUUGAAGCUAAAGAUGAACUUGUCGUAAGAAGGAAAGAACUAGAACAACUUCAGUUAGCUUUGGAGGAAGAGCAGCAGAGAGUCGAGACUAUGCAAACCGAACUUGUUCAGGCUGUGUCCUCCAAAGAGCAGCAGCAACAGAGAGCAGAUUCACUCCAAGCAGAGUUGACUCAAGCACUUGCUCUUCAUCAGCAAAGUGAAAGUGAAGUGACUGCCCUGUCACUUGUUCAGCAGCAAAACAUUACUCGUCUAGAAAGUGAACUUUUAUUUGUAACUCAAGCACGUGACCAGUUACACACAGAAUUUGACAAGAAUUUGUUUGAAUUCCAAGAUCAAACGAAAACUAUUACUCUUCUUAACACAAAUAUUGAAGAAUUGAAUUCGGAAAUCAAAUCAAAAGAUGAAGAGAUUCAGUCCUUAGAAAGAACUGUUGUUGAACAUAAAAAUACCUUAACUGAAUUACAGAAUUCUUUAAGAGAAAUGAUGAAAGAAAAGCAGCAGCUUGAAACGCAGCUGGCAGAACUGCCUUCUGGUACCUCGGGAGACUCGCUAACAAGAUUAAAAGAAGAGCUUGCAGUAGCACAAGAGCAAACUCAAUUUCUGGAAGAAGAGUGUGAUGGUCUGCGUGCUGAUGCCAACACCUUAAAGCAACAUUUGCAAGAAGCACGGCAGACAAUCACACUGCUUCAGACAACACUUGCCACUCAGUCACAGAGCACGACAACCACAUCAUCGGGAUGGGAAGAUUGGGGUGAGGUGGACCUAGGAACACCAGAACCAAAGGAAUUGCCAAAUCUGGAAAACUCUUUGGUGAAUAGCCUUCAAAAAUCUUUAUCUGAUAAAGAUGAAAUGUUGAUGAUGAUACAAGAUCAACUUAAAGAUGCUCUCCAGCAGGUUAACACCAUUUCCGAAGAGAAAAAAGUCUUGGAACAGAGCUCUGCUCAUCAAAAACAGCAAUGGGAGGAAGAUCGAGAAGAGUUACUUGCCAUAAAGAAAAAUUUAGAGGAUAUGGAAUCCCUACAGAGUACUUUAGACCAAGAGAGGCAAAGACUGUAUGCCCUAGAAAAAGACCUUGAAAAGAAGCAACAAGAUAUUGAGUUGUCUCAGCAGCAGAUUGUCUCUACAACCUAUCAACAACAUGAGCAACUGCAACAAUCAGAUACAUCGGGUUAUUGGUUAAAUCAGGAGUACACAUUAGGAGCCUGGCCACCAUGUGAACAACCAUCUGAAACUUGGCCAGUGGCUGAUCAAGAGGCAACAGCCACUACACAAGAAGUUUCCCUGACACAAGCUACACCAACUGCAAGUCAAGCAGCAGAAAUUAGGGGAACAUCUACAUCACAUAUCCAGUGGAACCAACCAGGUGAUGAUCCAUUCACUUUCUUACAGAAGACUGAAGAAAAUAAUGACAAAAAUCCAGCUACUUGGUUUGACGAGUGUCCUCAACAAGAACCUGAAGUGUCUGCUAAAUCUGUGCAACCUGUUGAAGAACUGGUGGCCAAGAAAGAGAUGGAGGAACCAUCUCAGCAGCACAAAGAGCCAGAAGAAUCAGUCAAUGUGGAAGAACUACAAUACAGACUUUCAUGGUAUGAGGAACAAUGGACAAAUUGGACGAGCCAUUACACACAGUUGCAGGCUAGCUAUCAAGAGGCAGAGCAACAAAUAGCUCAGCUGACGCAGCAACUACAAGCAUUCCAGAGUAGUCAAGCUAGCACUGAUGAGACAACACCAUCAAACAUUCAAUUGAUUUCAAAUGAAAGUAAAGUUGAACAACAAGAACAAGAUAUUUUGGAACUACAAAGCAAGUUGUGUGAAAUUGAAACGGCACAUGAGCACCUUAAAGAAGAAAAUGAUAGUCUUCAGCAGCAGAUGAAUCGUAUAGGUGAAUUAGAAGAACAGCUUGAAAAAUUGACCGGUUCUGCACCAAACACAAACCGAUUGGAAGAGGCUGAAGCUGAAGUAGACCGACUCCGAGGCUUUGAAACACAAGUGUAUGAAUUGCAAAGCCAAGUACAAGCACUUCAGCAUCAGUGUACAGCCAUGCAGAACAAAUUGGCCGAUGCUGAAAUAGAGCGAUCUCGUUUACGUGAAGUAGAGAUCCUUUAUGGUGAGCUUCAGUCAUGCAUACAAGAAUCUGAGACCAAGCGCGAGGGCUCCAAAUCUCGUGUGUUGGAGUUAGAACUUAUGGUUCAGUCAGCAGAAUCAGAAAUUUCCAGAUUAAGAAAUGAAAUUGAAGAGCUAAAUCAGGUUGGCCAGGCAGUGGAAACUGACAGAGAAAGACUACAAACUGAUGCACAUGGUUUAGGUACAGAGAUGACAAAGCUCAGAGGUGAUGUACUAAGACUGCAGAAGGAGGUCGAAUUAUAUCAAAAUGAAUGUGCAAGACUGCAAAAUGAAGUGGAAUUAUGCAGAAAUGAGUGUGUCAAGCUUCAGGAUGAAGGACAGUCUUACAAGACAGAAGCCCUGAGACUACACACUGAAAGUGAGAGUUUCAAGGAAGAAAGUGUGAAACGCCAAACUGAAAUUUCUCGGCUUGGAGGUGAAAAUCAGGAGCUAGAUGAUGAGGUAACAAGAAUCAGGAGCGAGUUGCAAAGAAUAGAACGUGAAAAUAAUCAGUUACGUAGUGAACUUGAAGUCAUGGAAGGUGAGCAUGAGAGGCUACGAGGUGACUAUGAUGUGCUUGAGGCAGAAAACAAUAGAUCCAGAGGGGAAUAUGAAGCACUUUCUCAAACAAAUCAAAUGACAGAAGCAGAGAAAGAGAGUUUAGAAAGUGAAGUACAAAGAAUCACUGCCCAGAAUAUGACUAUUAAUUCUGAAAAUGACCAUUUUCGUGGUGAAAUCCAGAGACUAACAGAGGUUGGCACUUCAGCUGAUUCCGAAAUCACCCGUUUAAGAGCUGAAAUUGAAAGAUUCAAAUUGCUGGAUUCUCAAUAUAAUGAUCUUGAGUUGAAAUACAAUGAGUUGCAAACUCAAGUUGCUACUAUAGAAUCACACCCGAGGAGUAAGCGUACAUCAGAAUCAGACCCACACUGUUUGGUUGAGGAAGUUGACUGGAGUGCUGAAGGUAAAAUAGAGGAUGAGCAUCUUCUAAGGUCAUCAUCUGUUGAUUUAAAGUACCAGGAGGAAAUAGAUUGUCUUAAAGCUAAGGUAAUUUCAUUAGAGAAAGAGAAGAAUGGUCUAUAUGAUGAGUUGCAAGCUUCCAAAAUGAAGAGUGGUAAAAUGUUGCAAAAAUUUAAGUUAACUCAAUCUAAGAAUGAAGUUCUAAGCAAGGAGGUACAAAAAUUAAAGGCCAAAGCUGGAGGCUUUUCAGAUCUUGACCAAGCACUCGAGGAAGAGUGGAAGGCACAAAUAGCAAGAGCAGAAACAGAGAGAGACGAGCUCAAGCAGAGACUCGAUGAAGUAGAAAACGAAAAGGAACACUUUAUUAAUCAAGUUGAUGUUCUCACUGCUGCUCAAGAGCAUUAUUUAGAGCUAAAGGAAGACCAAGACACGACUAUCAAGCUCCUGAAAGCUCGUAAUAAGGAACUUGAAGGUCAGGUACAAGCACUUGAAUGGAAGAUAUCAGAACUGGAAGAGGUUGUAGACCAGCAAGAACUGGAGCAGAAACAGUUACAGUCCUUGCCAGUCCAAACUGUACCUGACACAAAAGAACAAGGAGAGUCUUCUGAUGAAGUCAAGACUUUAAGAGAACAUAUUUCAUCACUUCAUCAAGAGAUAAAAAGCUUGAAAACAGAGAAUGAAAGAUUGCAAGCUUUAACAGAGGAACUUGAAGAAAAGGUCGAGUCUCUUAGUAAUGAUAAUGUAUCCUUUCAAUCUUUAAUACAUAAGCUUAAAGAGGCAAAGUCCAAAGCUGAAAGUGACAUAAAUAAUUAUAAGUCUUCAUACAUAGAACUUGAUGCCGAACAUGCUUCUGUCAAAAAGGAAAAGGAAAAGAUAAAUGAAGAAUUAAGGGAGCUGUCAUACACUCACAGCACAUUGAAGGCUGCAUACAACUCGAUGUUUGCUGAAUAUAAUGAUCUCCGAGAUGUUUGUGACGGUCAUAAGCACGACGUAGGGAUUUUGAAGGGAGAAAGAGAUCGUCUAGUGGAAGAAGUUGAUAGCCUGAAAAAGCAACUACAGGCUUUGCAUGAGGAGGAGGAGGAGGAAACUAUCCGUGCCUUACAGAAUGAGUGCUUCAGCCUUAGAGAACAGAAUAACUUGUUGCAUGAAGAGAAUACUGCACUUGAGGUACAGGCUGGAGAUGCUAAAGAUAAGGCAGCUCGCAUUAGCAAUGCUUUGGACCAAAAUCUAGAAAUGCAACAACUCCUUCGAGAUGAAUUAAUGAAGAAAUCUGAAGAGAUUAGCUUCCACACGACAACCAUAGAUGGCCAAGAUCGAAAAAUAACGUACAUGAAUGCAGAAAUGGCAGCAAUGAAGACCAAGCUAGCUCAGCAGGACCAAGCUCAGGAAAGCAGUAUUGAAACUAUCAAUAAGUUAGAGCAGCAUGUGGAGGAAUUGCAGGAAUAUAAUCAGCAUCUACAUCAACAGCUUGAGGCAGCAGAAGAAUCCCUAGGCAAGCUUACAGGUGCAAGUAAGGAUGAUGGCAGCGAAGAUGCUGUGUUUACACCAUCACCACCACCUGGUAGCGAGCUGGAAGCUGCCUUAGCAUCAUUACACUUGAGAGAUCUUCGAUGUCAGCAGCUUUCACUUGAAAUCACAAAGCUUCUUGAAGAGAGAGAUGCUCUGCAGCUCAAACUAAGUGCUUCCUUGAGACAGACGCAAGAACUCAGCCGAGAGUUGAGUCUGAGCCAUCAGUUACCUGCUUCCGUCUCGCCAGAACCAUCAUUAGACCAGAAAUUAGCUGAACUUCGAGAAUUGAAUGAUUCUUUGGAGCAGAAAGCCCUGUCAAGUUUCCAGAGUGCUGUCUCGACUAACAUUGGCCGGAGAAUAACCAUCGGUGGUCUACCUCCUCCGCCCAUGUUCACCCCUCACACAGCUCCUCCAACCCCCACAGCUACGAGACAUGCCGAUUACACACUCACUCGAGAGGCUCAGGGCACUUCCACUACACUCAUAGAUUGGAUAAUGGGCAAGAGUACGCCUCGAGUGUUGCACGUGUGACCGAAGACCUCUGCAGCUUCCUACACAGUGCACUUACUCCUUUUCUGAUCUAUAUAUGAUAGCACAGACUGGUGCCAAGUGAGAGAGGGUGGAAGACUGACCUUACAGCUCUACGUUAUUUUUGUAGAAUUUUUACUUAUUAUAUUAAAGUGUUCUUCACAGUACAGAAAACUGCUAGUUUGAGAUGAAUUUAGGCAUGAUUUUCCUACAGGGCAGAUCUUCAAACUGUGUUCGGUAUGAUCAUGCUAAAACACUUUUAUCAGGAGAUAUAUAUAUAUAUAUGAUAUGAUAUUUCUUAAAGAACCAGUAUGUUACAGUAUUGUAAAGUGGUGCACAUCCUCUAGUGUUUGACAUUGCAUAUAUUUUCUAUAACAUUUAUUUAUAUAUGGACGCAUUGAAUUGUACCCAUUAGACAAUAAUAUCUGACAAGUUAAUUUUGAGCAAUUUAGGAAAAAAAAAAACACCAGUUUGAUACAGUUCCGUUACAAACAAAUGUUCCGAUAAACAUA